AUGGGUGAAGAUCAGAAGUAUUACGAUGUGGAUGAUUACUUGAGGUGGAAGAGAAGCCAAGGCAAAAACAACAAAGUCGCACCUCGACCAAACCUGCUGGCAGCAGCGACCUGGCUGCGCAGAUUCUUCGAUGCUCGCAAAACGAACUGGGCCGCCAUGGGCAGCCUGGCGAUGCUCUGCCUGGGGGCGCGCCGAGAAAUACCUGACAUCCACAUUGUAUACGAUGACAAAGACUUCCAGCGCAUCAAGAUGAAGCUACAGGCAGACCCCAGGGUACGACUGCCCAGAGACAUGAACUCCAUGUUCUCUUCGAAGCUCCUGAUAUCGACAGGACCGAAAUACAAGGAUGCGGGUUGCACUGAGAACGCGGAUAUCGAGGUGGAAAUGAUUCCGCCAGGCUCCCACGGCACACCACCCAGCGAUGUCCUGCGCAACAAUCAAGCCACGCUAUCCCUCAACCUAGAUGGCAAGAUCACGAACAUCAAGGGCUUGAACAUAAUUUACCUCGUCAACACAACUGUCCAUAUGUGCACCAGCCAAGACCUGCUUUGGGACCCUCAAAAGGAUCUGUUGUGGUUGUGUCGGAAAUAUGGCAAAGAAAUCCAGUCAAUACGUGGGCAGUUGAACGCUCGGCAAGUGAAGGAGAACUUCCUGGGCACUCAUUUCUUCGCAACGAUGUCACCGGAUGAGCAGCGACUGUGUUACCAAGUUUUGCUCGGGAAGGAGCCUCCACCUUCGAUGUUCCUCACCCCUGCUCCAUCUCAUGGACAGCCAACGUCUGCGAUAGCUAGACUGCCCAUCCCGUCACACAAGUCUGCGCCGUCGUUGAAAGACAACAUGCAAAAGCAGUCUAACUUUUUGAGGCCUCCCAUGAACGGCAAAGCAAAGACGGCGCCAGGCGUACCUCUUAGUGGUGCUGUCAGCAAAACCUCCCCCAACGCUGUUGCGAACGCACAACAAACCGUUCCCUCUGAAGCUACACGGGACUCUCGCUCCAGGUACCGCAAUUCGAGCGCACCAACGACACCAAGCGCAAGUCGAAACGUCAGUCCUGAAGCUGCCACAGUUCGUCAAGCCAAGAAUAUCAUGGAAUUCAGGCCCGACCACAUGCAGCAGCGCAGCAUGAUAUACCAAGCGCAAACAAUCAACAUGCAGAAUCUAGCACCUGCCCAAAAACCACAGGUAGUGCGGACGAAGAAGUCGCUGCCUCGGAUGGAUGGCCAGAUUACCAGCUUUCAAGCUGUGCCAGUGUUUGCGCACAAACCGACAACCACCUCUAUUGUGUCGCAAGCGAAUGCCCAACUGGCUCCAGUGGCUGCCUCUAAGCCAUCUGAACGAAAGGCACGGCCACAUGACGCUGUUUCAGAAGCGCACUCCUAUAAUAGCGCCCAUCCGUCAGCAUCUAGUGCUCAGCCGCAGGUAGUGGCGCACACGCACCCAGCUCAUAAAGUCAUGGCCCAGCGCAACUCAAUGAUGCCUCAAAGCCACAACGCAGUCGCAAAAUCCUCUACAGUAUCUUAUUCAGAACAUAGCAUGCCCGAAACACCCUCAAAAGGACUUGUUAUUGUAGGUCCGGCAGGAUUGUACCCGACUCCACCCAAACCCCUGCAACAGCCCCAGAAGAGUCAAACUGCUGCGCCAACCAUGCAAAACAACACUCAGGUUACCUCGAACAAUUUCGUGUUCGAGCUUGAUGCGGCCUCGCCUCAGGUUGAGACCUUUGCUCAAGCAGCUCCAACGGCGGGAUUUGUCGCUGAGCUUCCCGCUGACAACAAUGUCCCAUCGCAGACUACCCUCCAAAGAUUCGAUACCCUGCCGGAGACUCCUGUUAGCCCACUACAAGGUCCAACACACCUCGCAUAUAUGCCAGCAUACAGAGACUCGCCAGUGAGCCCUCCGACCACAUUCACUCCGUUGGCAUCCUUGAUUCAACCGAUUAAUGCCGGGCCAAUGACUGAAGCACUAAAGGCCCCAAAGUUGGCACCCUCCCCUCCUGCCUUUGACUCGCUUCCUCCAAGUCUCUUGAUCGGCUUCCGCGGCCCUCGGCGUCCAACAAACGCUGAGUCUCGAACACGUGCUUCAUCGCAGUCCUCGAACGGCUCGAACCCAUCCGCGACCCUGAACAUGUAUCAACGCUACUACUCGCCGCCUAAUAGCAGAGAGGCAUCUCCCAACAAUGCAUUGACAUCAGGGCCGAAUAGCAGACACCCAUCACCGAGUCGAGUUCCGGUAUACAAGGCGUAUACGCCUCCUAUUACACCUCCCAUGCAACCAAAGAAGGAGCCUGCACAAUUUCAACAGCCAACUUCGAUAGUACAAAAUCAAGUCCUCACGCCUCCAGCCCUGAUACCUGCGACAAGGCCCGCUCCACAGCAGGGUACACCCGUGCCUAUGGAACGCGCGUCGGAAUUUGUAAGGCGUGAAUCGCCUCCUGCUAUCCUGAGAGCAGGAGCGAAUGUGCCACAACCACUUAAAUCUACUAAGGCUUUCCACCUUCCGAACCCCCUUGCUGCGAACCCGCCGACGCCUCGAAAUGCUUCUCAUAUGAAGCACGACUCGCAUCAAGGACCUCAAAGCGUGCCCCAAGAACAGUCCGCGAAACCGCAGCCGGAGGUAUACGCACUUCCACCUCAAGCCGCCUCAUCCCAAUACAUCGCAUUCAGCGCCCAAAAUGCCGCGCCAACCCAGCCACCUCGCCAAUCCUCCCUCCACCAGCGCAACGUCUCCAACGAAUCAAACACCUCAACUACAUCGCACGACUCGGAGAAGCUAGCGCAAGAAUACCAACUGGAUCUCCCUUCCUUUGAAGACGGGUUUGGAUCACAGCCAGAGAGCAACGCUGCGGAGGCCGAGUUGAGGAAGUCGUAUCGUCCCUCGUACGCCGGGACUGGGUACGGAGCGCAGUACAAGCUGGGCUCCCCGGAUUUUGGGACUAAGCAGGGGAAGUUCAUGGAUGAGUUUCAUUUUUCGUAA